CAGCGCGCUCGCGCCAGUGCCCCCGAGACUGUGUCCGUGCCCGUGUCCGCCAGCGCUCCGCUAUUAGGAUCCCCAUCGUGCUCUGAGACGCGGGUCCACAGCGAAGGCUUUAGGAUGCACCACCAUCUCCUUCUCUGGCUCAUUUUCCCGGCGGUGUUGGGCUUUGCAGAUCCCGAGUACUCGCUUUAUUCAACACUAAAGCCUUCAUCGGGACUGCAGGAACAGGACUGGACCCAACCAGCAGACGAUGCAGCCACUGAGGGAGAAUAUGAUGAUGAAGAGGAUUAUAGUUACGACUAUAAGGCAGAGUUUAAUGAUAGCAAUACAAAUAUUUUUCAGGUCAAGCUUUUCAACAAGACAUAUAAUGGAACUUUCAUCAAGUCAAUAAAUUAUUUUAAAAUUGACGAUGAAGAUAUAAGCAGUCGUUUAAAUCUUUCAGAUGGUAUGCAGAGUUUACAAAAGCUGUUUUGCAUGGUGUACAACAACAGUCAGUUUAGCUGCAAUUGGACGGCACAAAAGCCCCCCUCCGACACCCACAUUUCUUUCACUGUCUUUCAGCAAAAUGCAAGAGCCAGAACAUGGAACUGCUCCACUAGACGAAGCAGUGAAGUUGUAGAAUGCAGUGGCAGAAUCAACCCAGACAAACAUCUUAUGACUGUACAAAUCACUUUUUCCCUCCCAAAUUCAUUGUACGUCCAUACUCAACAUUUUGAGGUGAAAGAAAUUGAAAAGCUCAAUCCUCCACACAGAAUAACAAUGUCAUUAACUGCUGGAGACCUUCGAAUCGAAUGGGACCGUCCACAAAAUAUCGGUGAAAACUGCUUCAACUAUCAGUUACGGCUCAGCAAUGACACAGAGCCUAUUUCCUUGAUUGGGCAAAGAACACACACACUACCAAGUGUUGAUCCUGCCAGAAAGUAUUCUGUGCAGAUAAGAGUGAAAAAAACAAACACUUGCAUGGAAAAUUACAUCUGGAGUGACUGGAGUGAAGUAGUGGUGCUGAAUGCUGUUCAACAGCCUUCAAGUAUAAACGUGCUCCAGAUUGUUGGCAUUGGUCUCGGCAUUCCCAUGAUCCUCCUCGCCCUUCUGCUCUUCUGCAGAUUCCACAGGAUAUAUGACAAAAUUUUUCCUCAAAUUCCUGGCCCAUCAAAAAAGAUGAAGAUACUACUGGAGAAGGAGCACUUAUUCCUGACAACGAAGACAAAGUGCACAGAAGAAACACUUCAAGAUGUUACUAUUGUGGAAUGUGUGAAACUACCUGACUGAGUUUUUAAAACAUGAAAAUGACCUACUGGGGUAUGUAUGCUGUAUAGUUUUUUUGCUUUUUUUAAUUAUCUUUGUUUCAUUUGGGUUUUUUUUUCCCUGAGAAACCGCAGUGCAUUUUAGAAGAGUAGACAGAAAUUCAGAGAAAAAAAUAGCUUUUUUCGUGUGGCACAUGAUCUUCCGAGAAGUGAUGCACAAAAGCUUAAGAGCAAAUAACAGCAUAAGAGCAAGAAAUUGACUUGUUACUGAAAAAUUAGAGGAUCGAAUGGCGAGAAGUGUGCUGCGGCUGUAAUAAUUUCCUCCAUUUGUUGACUAUUGAUUUUUUGUGAAUGAAUAAAAAACAGCUAUAAUCACAUACUGUAAACCAAUGAUGAAAUAUAUUUCAGUUUCAGUAAUAAAAAAUGAACGUUUAUUUAAUAAGAUGGAAUUUCUGCCUUGUUGGAUUAGUCUUCCAGGGACUAGACUGGAGGGAAAAUGAAGACAUGAAAGAGUGUUGUGCUUUUUCUUCCUGAGGAAAUGCAGAGAAUUAUAUUCUGUUGUGGCGGCUACAUUCUAGAGGUGUGUGGUUUCACACACAGCUUGUGCUGCGGGUGGAAAUGAGAUAAAGCACCAGGCAGGUCUGUUGAACACCCAACUCACUUUCAUUAGUCGUUUAGUCGAGGUCAGAUAUGGGCCGUUUGUUUUCUCACCCGUCUCUUUAUGCUCCAUCUGUCUUGUUUUAUACAAGGCAACUCUGAAGAACAUAAACGUCUGUUAUGAUUCCACUUUUCCAGCAGAAUUCUGACAACAGUUAAUGACUAAUCGAACAAAGUGAGCUCGAGAAAGUUUGGAAAUCAAGAAAAAAAGGGCUCAACCCGUAUUUUUUGACAUAUUAAAACUGUCAUUGCCAGAAAAGGAUGGGUGAGCUUUGAUGGAGUGUGUCUACGUGUGAUGAUCCCUCCAGAGCAAAGCCUUUCCAUGCAAUGAACCUUGUGCUCUUGCUCUGCAUAAAGGAAUGAACCUUGCAGAGAGUGAAAUAAAAAUGACGCAAGAACAUGACCGUGGUUUCUUUUUCAAAACGUCAUCUGUACAUCAUUGCCUCAUCCCAGCAACAGCGAGUUUUGAGCGGCACAAGUGCAGUUUGUGUCCGUCCUUUCAUGGAGCGGACACUUGAAGGGGUUAUUGCUCUUUGGCAAACAACCAUGAAACCUAGCUCACAUCAGUGGACCUGCUUCUUACAUUUAUUUAGCAGACAGUUUUCUCCAAAACAACAUCCAGUAAACUCUAUGUAGUGUUA